AAUGCAGAGAGAGGCGGUGGAUCGGGAAGAACACAGUUUGAAGUAUUUAUACAUAACAGCAGGAGUAACUCGGAGACUUGUUUUGUAUACAGUGAGCAUCGGCUAAAUCAAAGUGAAAAAUGAAGCUGCGGAGCUGGUUAAAAAUAGGUGCGUUGGUGGCUGUGCUUGCUAUAGCCAAGCAAUACGGUGGCGCGUUGGGAUUGGAUAAAGACGCCGCUCUCCGCUAUUUCCAGCAAUGGUCGGACCGAUUAGGGAUUUGGGCUGUCCCUCUCUACGUUUCACUCCACACACUCACUAUUUCCCUCUGCUUGCCCUACGCCGUCUUCUUCGAGGCUGGCGCUUCUUUGCUAUUCGGUUUCUUUCCCGCCGUACUCUGCGUCUUUUCCGCUAAGCUUAUGGGGGCUUCUCUCUCUUUCUGGAUUGGCAGGCUGGUUUUCAAACGUUCGACUUCUGCAAUGAACUGGGUCCAUGGCAACAAAUACUUCCACAUCCUCUCUCGUGGCGUCGAACGUGAUGGUUGGAGAUUCGUCAUUCUUGCACGUUUCUCUCCCAUCCCUUCCUAUGUCAUCAAUUAUGGUCUAGCUGCCACAAAUGUUAGAUUCACAGUGGAUUUUCUGCUUCCUACUGUUAUCGGCGGUAUCCCGAUGAUCUUGCAGAACACCUCCAUCGGUAGCCUUGCUGGUGCAGCAGUUGCUUCGGCAUCUGGCUCUCAGAAAUCAAAGGUUUGGUCUUAUAUUUUACCUUCACUCGGGAUAAUGUCGAGCAUUGUUAUUUCCUUGAGGAUCAAGAAGUAUUCUAGUGAUAUUAACUUGGCCGAAUCUUCCUCUACUGAUCACUCCAAAAGUGAAUAAUGUUUAGUUGUUGACUCA